AAAAAAAAUAUUAAAUUUAAGAAUUAAAGCAAGCAAAGAAUGUUCCAGUUCAAAAAUAAAUUUCUUAAUUCUGUUACUAGUGUUUUUAAAGGAAGAAAGCUUUUGUAGAGCAAUCAGCCAAGCAAUUUCUUUCAAGGAAUGAAGCCAUAGUUUAAUUAUAAUAGAGUUAACUAAUUUUUUUAUAGAAUGAACAAUCCAGUUACAUACUCGCUAUUAGGAGCAAAUUUAUUAGUGUUUGGCCUUUAUUAGUUUAGGGUUAUAAAGCCAAGUACUUUUAUUGAUAAUUUUACUUUAGGAUAAAAGUAAAUUAACUAACACAGAUACCAUACUCUAGCUACAUAUAGCUUUGCUCAUACUAAUUUAAUGCAUUUAGGAGCUAAUAUGAUAGGUUUAUACUUUUUUGGUAAGUUUAUUGAAAACUAAUUUGGUUCCAGAGCUUUAGCUAAACUCUACUUUGGAGGCGCUUUACUAGGAGGAAUAUUUAUUCUAUUAGAUCUUUAUAAAAAGAGAAGCAAUUAAAUUCAUAUUGGAGCUAGUGCAAGUAUUAGUGCUAUAGUUACUAAUUUUACAUUAAACUUCCCACGCUUAACUGUAUAUUUUUUCUUCAUUCCUAUGCCUGCUUGGGUUUUAGGUAUUUUAAUACUGCUAUAAAGUGUAGUAUUUUAUGGCGAUAAUGGAAGUGUUAGUCACUAAGGACAUUUAGGAGGAAUAGUUUUUGGUGGUCUUUCCUAUUUUUUGAUGAAAAAAGGAAGAUUUUGAGAUAGUCAUUAUAAAAAACUUGAUGUUAAAUUGAAAAGAGAGGUUUCAUCAGAAAAACUAACUAAUUUAUAAAUAAAACUUAGCAAGAAAUAUCAUAAAUAUUUAUAUUUUUUAAAUUCAAAUUACUUUUUCUUAACAUAAACAUAAAAUCUACUUUAAAAGAAUGUUUGUAUUACAAAAAUGAUAUUUAAGUUAAAUUUAAUUUUACAUUUUGCACAUUAAAAACGAGUAAAAUAAAUAAUUUUAUAAGAAAAAAAUAUGAAUAAACAAACAAUAAUUAAUCAAUCAUUUGUAUAAGAG